AACCAAAACCACUGUCCGAUGACAAUGAGUCACCGCCUACAAGCUUUUACUAGCUUCAGUUUUGCUCUAUAAGUAUUUGACAGCUGUUAAUGUCAGUAUACCAGAGUUAACUGAAAGGAGUACAACUUCUUUUCUACGGAAAAUGGGCGGAACAACCUCCAAGAAGUACGAGAACAGGGAGGGAUCAAGCGAACCAGGGUUGGACAAAAACGAACAAGGAACUGAUCAGACCAACGAGCUUUCAGUUUCAUACGAAGGUUUCGACAUCGCCCUAGUUCCCGAUGAAGUUCUAGUUCUUGUUUUGUCAUUUCUUCCCGGCAAAGAGUUGGUCCAGAACGCUCGCCCUGUGUGUAAGGCCUGGAGAGACACUGUUGACCGCCCGACGAUAUGGAGAAAGAAAUGUUUGCGGGAGGGACGAUUUGUGGUCGGGCAGAUGGGUCCUCAGCCGGACGACUGGAGGACGUUCUAUUUCAAGAACCCGUACAGGAGAAACCUGGUCAAGAACCCGUCUGGGGAAGAGGGAAUGCGUCACUGGGAGGUGUUGGAAAAUGGAGGUGAGGGCUGGAAGGUGGAGAAGUUUGUGGGCUGUAAGGCUUUUCCCAAUCCUGCUGUUCAGAGCAAUUUUGUCACAUCAUACGGCUGGGCUGUUCGUGAGCAGCAGAUCGACCUCCUUGCCGAGGGCUGCCAGGAAAAGUGUCUCGACGAAACGCAACCAAGUAUCGAGGUGUCUGAAUGGUAUGCCCCUAGAUGGGACUGUGGGAGUAAGUACGAGCUGGAAGUUCAACUACUGGAUAAGAAAAAGAAAGUUGUGGACACCUUCCACUACGGGCCCGCUGUUACAGAACAGUGGAAUGAGUCACAAUGGAAGGAAGCGAUGCACAUCUUCAGUAAUUAUGGGCCUGGGGUGAGAUACGUGCUGUUUAAAGACAAGGGCUCAGAUACACAGUUCUGGGCAGGGCACUAUGGCAGUAAGAUGACUUGUGCAAGUGUAAAGUUCAUAUUUCAGUAGCUACAUUGAAGACAUCCGUGAAUAAUUUCAUCAGGUUGGUAAACGACUGAAUAGCAAAGUUCUUUCUAUCACAACCAUUUAUUUUUCAAGCCGACUUUUCGAUGACCUUCUGUCAUCUUCAUCAGGGCAAUUCUGACUGGUUUACUGGUUUACAUUGAAGACAAUCAUCAACUUUGUUAUGUGAGUCUGUACAGGAUAGUAUUGUAAAUUGGUGUCAAUAAGCUGACUUUUGGAGGUAAAAUCAUGUUCUUACUGCUAUAGACAUCACUACGUUCAAGUUUGGUGGGGUUAUGUUAAAAAUCAUUCUUCAAUCUCAUUUGCAUACAUUGAUUCACCAUAUUGAAGCACACAUAAUUAUUGCACCUCUGUAAGUCAUUAUGAACAUUUUAUAACCUACAUGUAAAUUGUAGUUUGUUUGCAGUACUCAAACAUGAAGUAAAAUUUAGUAAGACCUGUUCUCCAUACAUGUACAAACUAAGAUCUGAUUAACUACUUAGUAUUAAACAUGAAAAAUCACCUCAGGAUAUUACAGAAGCUUCUAGUUACGUAUGUGUGGAAUAUACAGUCAUGGAAGAUAUAUGAGAUAACAUAAAUCAUUACGAUAUACCUUACACUACAAGAGGCAUGUGCAUGGCUACCUGAUCCACAUAAUUAAGAAGAUUCAAGAUAUAUAUGCACAGCACAUUGGGAUGUAUAGAAGAUUACAAUU